GCGUGCGUCGGGGCGUGCGUGGGUACGUCGUGCGUGCCGUGAGCUCGCCCGGCACCGCGGCCUCGCCCUCCGCCCCUGCGCCCCGCCACCCAGGCCGCCGCCCCCCGCCCGCGCCGUCGCCCCCGACGGGGAGGACCAUGGCGAAGGUGGAACAGGUCCUGAGCCUCGAGCCACAACACGAGCUCAAGUUCCGAGGUCCCUUCACUGAUGUCGUCACCACCAACCUAAAGCUUGGCAACCCAACAGACCGAAAUGUGUGUUUUAAAGUGAAGACCACAGCACCUCGCAGGUACUGCGUGCGGCCCAACAGUGGGGUCAUUGAUGCCGGGGCCUCUCUCAAUGUGUCUGUGAUGUUACAGCCUUUCGAUUAUGAUCCCAAUGAGAAAAGUAAACACAAGUUUAUGGUUCAGUCUAUGUUUGCUCCACCUGACACUUCUGAUAUGGAGGCAGUAUGGAAGGAGGCAAAACCGGAAGACCUUAUGGAUUCAAAACUUAGAUGUGUGUUUGAAUUGCCAGCAGAAAAUGCUAAACCACAUGAUGUAGAAAUAAAUAAAAUUAUACCUACAAGUGCAUCCAAGACAGAAGCACCGGCAGCUGCAAAGUCCCUGACAUCGCCCCUCGAUGACACAGAAGUAAAGAAGGUGAUGGAAGAGUGCAGGCGGCUACAGGGGGAGGUGCAGAGGCUUCGGGAGGAGAGCAGGCAGCUCAAGGAAGAAGACGGACUUCGGGUGAGAAAGGCGAUGCCGAGCAACAGCCCCGUGGCGGCUCUGGUGGCCACCGGGAAGGAGGAGGGCCUGAGCGCCCGGCUGCUGGCCCUGGUGGUUCUGUUCUUUAUCGUUGGUGUCAUUAUAGGGAAGAUUGCCUUAUAGGGGCCGCAUGCGAAGGAUGGCAGGUUGGAUUGACGGAUCUACCACACCAUGGGAUUCAAAUUUAUCAUAACCAUGCGUAAAAAGAAAUUAAUGUAUGACGGCAUCUCACAGGUCUUGCCUUUAAAUACCCCUCCCCAUGCACACACAAAUGCACACACAAAUAUAGCAUAAUAUAAUGAUCUUUUAGAAAGUUAAAAAUGUAUAGGGAAUGGAUGGGGAAAGAAUGGUCUGUUGCCGUAGGACGGGCCGUGAUUAACCACAGUGGCAUCUUGUAGCUGUCACGCUCAAUUCGGGUAGGCCUGGGCACGUGUUGCUAGAUCACUCUUAAAGCAAGAAGCUCCUCCUCGCAUGUUGGGGCUGGCCCGUGGGCGCGGGAGUCCUGCAAGGUGGGGUGAGUUGUCUUUUCUUACCCACGUGGCUUCCCCAGACCUGCUGUUCUGUCCAGGCAUCGUCUCCUCAGGCCUACAGAGCUGUAGGUGCCAAAGUGCAUUGCACAGCGGCCACAUCUCGUGUACCUGUGGGUUGUGCGGGAGAGACAUGAGUGGACCAGCGGGUCCAACACAGGGAAAUCCAAGUCUGUGCUCUGUUCUCUUGACGGGACCAAGCUAAAUUACCGCUGGUUCGAGUCGUGAACCGAGUUGUUCUCGGAGAUGCACACGUGACCUAUUUCAUCUCGGGUGUUCCUGCUGUCACCAGAGAACAGGCAGUGAGUGCUGCAGAUCUGCCAGUCAGGAGCUGCUGCUGUGGGCUCUGGAGGUCUGAGGGAUGGGGAGGGUCUGAGUCAGGAAGUGUUCUGUUGUAGGUCAGUAAGAGCUGUCCUGAGGAGGGGCGCUCUUUUUAACGACAGUCAGCUCUGGAUUACCCAGUCUUCUAGAUUGCCCUACCAUCCAUCCUUCUAAAACAUAGGCCAGCCUUGACCUGCCCUUCUCAGGAUGAGUGAGUCAGGCUGCAGAGGGUGAAGGGCAUAGAGGGGGUGGGGGUGGGGGAGCCCCUCAGCAAAUCCAUCUGCUGGUGAUGAAGAGUCCUGACUGUGAAUUAAUUUCAUGCCAUAAAAGACCGAUCCAGUUCUGCUCAACUAUGUAGCAUCUUAAAGGAAGAGAUUAAAAUAAAGCCCCAAAUUAAGAGUC